UGGCGCCGGUUCCCCUCCCUCCGCACCCCGCCUCCCCGCUUUGCAAAGCCGCUCCCGACAUGCUCUGAGCUGCGGAUCCCAGCGCCGGCCCUCCGCAUCAGCUCCGGACGGAUUCCUCGCAGGGACCCUCCGGAGGCGCCAUGGCCGAGUGGGCGCCCGCGCAGGCUCCGGAACGGGACGCUGAAUCGCGGGGGGCUCCGUCUUCCCUGCAGUCCCCCGCCGUCCUCGAGUGGCCGGCGGGGCAGGCGACAGAGGUGUCUGUUUGGACGCUGGUGGCGGCCGUCCAGGCGAUGGAGAGCAAAGUCAACGCUUUGACAUCUCGGCUGCUGAGCCUGGAGGGCAGGGCAGGGACGGCGGAGAGGAAGAUCUUUGAGUGCGAGAAGACGGAGCUGGAGAUCGGGAACCAGCUGGAGGGCAAGUGGGCGGUGCUGGGGACCCUCAUCCAGGAGUACGGCUUGCUCCAGAGGAGGCUGGAGAACCUAGAGAACCUGCUCAAGAACCGCAACUUCUGGAUCCUGAGGCUCCCGUCCGGGUUCAACGGUGAAGCCCCCAAGGUGCCGGUGGCGUUUGGUGGCAGCGCAGCCUUUUCCCAGGAGGAGCGGGAGAAAAUGGAGGACUGGCAGAAGGAACUCUACAGGAACGUCCUGAAGGGGAACUACGAAUACUUGAUCUCUCUCGAUUAUGCAAUCUCCAAACCAGAUAUUCUGUCCCGGAUGGAACGAGGGGAGGACCUGGGUCCCGGCGAACAGCAGGACAAAGACUCCAGGGAGAACCUCGGGGAUGCCAGCGUGGCUGAGAACCCCCUGCAGAAGCAGCAGAAACAUCAGAGAAGCGCGGCUCUAACAUUUGUCCCAGUUCAUGGAUCUUUCUCAAGGAAGGAAGAAACCCCAUCUUCUCCCAUCUCCUCUGCAGGCUCUCCGGAGUCCAUCUCCGAAGCUGCCUCCUCCUCCUCGCAGGUAAAACAAGAGCAGGAUCCUUUGGCGCAGGAGGAAGAGGAGGAGGAGAGUCCAGGAAGCAAAAUAGCCCCAGUUGACAGCUGGCUGAUGCACCAAAAAUGGGGAUCCCCUGAGGAGCUGGAGCCCCACUGGACUCUGGUAGAGAGAUCGGAAGAGAACGUCUACCAGGACGUGAACGGCAGCUAUGGUCUGGGUCAAGUGUCACCCCAGGGCUUCCCCGAACAAGUCUCCCCCGGGGCGCCAGAGAGGGAUCCUGGGCCGCCCAACGGACCUCACCUCCGGCGGGGUUCCCCUGAGCAGCCCUACAUCUGUGCCGACUGCGGGCACACCUUCGUCCGGAAGGAGAAUUUCACCCGUCACCGCCGCUCCCACCUGGGCGAGAGGCCUUUCUCCUGCCGCGAGUGCGGGAAGGCCUUCGUCCACCAGUCGACGCUGACUACCCACUACCGCACCCACACCGGGGAGAAGCCCUACGGCUGCGCUGAGUGCGAGAAGCGCUUCGGCCGCCUCUCGACCCUGGUGGAGCACCAGCGGACGCACACCGGGGAGAAGCCCUACGCCUGCGGAGAGUGCGAGAAGCGCUUCGGCCGCCUCUCCACCCUGGUGGAGCACCGGAGGGCGCACACCGGGGAGAAGCCCUACCAGUGCGCCCAGUGCCACAAGCGCUUCACCCGAAUGACCAACCUGACGGUGCACCAAAACACCCACGGCGGAGAGAGGGCCUAUUCCUGCACGCGCUGCGGGAAGAGCUUCCCCCAGAAGGCCGGCUUCCUCAAACACCUGCGUUCCCACGCCCGGGAGAAGCUCCACCAGUGCCAGGACUGCGCCAAGAGCUUCGCGUGCAGCUCCUGGCUGCUCCGGCACCAGGCCGUGCACUCGGGCGAGCGGCCAGAGGGUCUCUCCCGCUGCCACGUCGGCGGCAAGGCCUUCCGCUGCCAGCAAAGCCUGAAACUGCACAAGAGCGGCCAUGCCGCCGCAGCAGGCGGCCCGUGGGCGACGCAUCCUGACAGCCAGGCUCCUUUCGUGAAAACGGAGGAGGUGGGGUGA